AUGGAGUCGCAACUUGAAUCGGAAGCCUACUCAUUUAGUACUGAACAUGAGGAAACGCAAAACAUUGCAUUGGAGGAGGAUGGAACCUAUUUGGCGGUUGAAGAGCUACAGCACCAUGGCGUAAGCAUGAUGGAUAUUCAAAAGCUAAAAAUGUCCGGCAUCUGUUCUGUUAAGGGGGUGCAAAUGACCACCAGGAAAAAUCUGUGCAAGUUGAAAGGAAUGUCAGAAGCAAAAGUUGAGGAAAUCAAGGAAGUCGCUGCAAAAUUGCUAGAUUGCGGGUUUAUUACCGCCACCGAGUUAGCUAUAAAGAGGCAAUGUGUGUUUAAAGUGUCAACCGGAAGUUCUGAACUAGAUAGGCUUGUCGGAGGUGGUAUUCAAUCAAUGUCCAUUACGGAAGCAUUUGGCGAAUUCAGAACGGGAAAAACACAAUUAUGUUUAACGAUGUGUAUCACGUGUCAGUUGGGAGAGCAAAAUACAUCGGGGAAGGUAUCUGAUCAUUCCAGUAACAUAGGCGGCAUACAUCGAUACAGAGGGAACCUUGUACUAAACACCCCAUUUACUUGUAGUCGUCCGGAAAGGCUUAAAGAAAUAGCCGCCAGAUUCAACCUCAAUCCAGAUGAAGCAUUAGAAAACAUCAUAUAUUCAAGAGCAUAUAAUAGCGAGCAUCAAAUGGACCUUCUUGCCAUAUUGGCCGCAAAAUUUUCAGAGGAGCCGGGUCGUUUUAAAUUGCUGGUAGUUGACUCGAUCAUUAGUCUAUUUCGAACCGAUUUCUCGGGGCGAGGAGAGCUUGGAGAGCGGCAGCAACGAUUGAAUCAAAUGCUUGCCAGACUGGCCAGGAUAUCGGAGGAGUAUAAUGUGGCCGUGUUCAUCACAAACCAAAUGAUGUCAGAUCCUGGCGCAGCAAUAUCGUUUGUUCCGGAUCCGAAAAAACCAAUCGGCGGCCAUGUGCUCGCACAUGCUAGCACCACCAGAUUAUCCCUAAGAAAAGGUCGUAAUGAGACCCGAAUUGCAAAAGUGUACGACUCGCCAGACAUGCCAGAGGCUGAAGCAACAUAUGCCAUUGGCCCUGGAGGCAUCGAGGAUGCUGCCGUAUGA